AUGUGGGCUGAGGCAUAUAUGCGUGGACAUUUCUUUGCUGGGAUGAAGAGCACUCAGCGCUCGGAGUGUAUGAAUGCUUAUUUCAAUCCCUUCCUCCAACACAAAUUGAAGCUAUAUGAAUUUGGUAGGCACUAUGAUCGAGCUCUUGCAAGGAUAAGGUAUAACGAGGCUGGAGAUGAUGAUGAAACAAAUAACACUUUUCUGGUAUUGAUUACUCCAUUACAAGAUAUAGAGAGACAUGGAGCUGAGCUAUUCACCCGAAAUAUAUUUAGAGUGUUCCGUGAUGAAAUCUUAGAAGAGGGGAAAUUGAAUGUCAAGGACGUGUUCCCUUUGCCGGAUGGUCAGAAAUGCUACUAUAUUCAUAAGUACAAAGUGAAGGACAGAUCAUGGAUAGUAACACACAGUCCAGUGGAUGCUGCAAUGAGAUGUUCUUGCAUGAAGUUUGAGUCGUUGGGGCUACCUUGCUGUCACAUGAUAUGUGUUAUAAUAGCCGAAAAUUUAACGCAAAUUCCCCCAACUUUUGUGCUGCAUAGAUGGACAAGGGCUACAAGCAAGGAUGGCCAGCAAUGGCCUCAACCCUCAAUUGAUAGCACUACAACACAGACGGCCCGGUAUGGGAUAUUGAGUUCUUCCUAUAACGAAAUGCGUUUCUAUGCCUCACAAUCAACAGAAGGUUUCAAAGAGGCUAGGGAUGCAUGUCUUCCGAUGACGAGCCGGAUGAAGGAGUUAUAUGAGAGGAAUCUGAACGAUGGGAAUGGAGACAAAGGGAAACAUUCAUUCCCUCGACAAUUUGGAGUAGAAGAUCCUGAUGUUGUGAAGACAAAAGGGAACCCGGGAUGGGCCUCGUCCAACUAUCGAAGACCAAGAAAAUGUGGGAAUUGCAAAUGCAUUGGGCACACAAAGCAAACGUGUCCUAAGGUUCGGUUUAGCCGAACAGUGGGUACUAACUCAGAUGCAGAUACACUCCACAUAACUGACCAUGAGUACAAUGCAGAGUCAUUGCCCGUUCGUUGCAAAACUAGGUUGGUGGAUCCAAGUACACCGCACAUUAAGCAGCGGCGACUAUUUUUCGAUGCUUCUCCUGAUUCCAAGCAGCUUGCGGGCCAAUACGGUAGUGUUGAAGCAGCAGUGUGA